AUGACAACCAAGUUAGUUAAGCAUUUGAUGGCUGACAAUAUACAGGGUGAUCCCACUUUAAAAUCCAAACAGAUCAUGUCACUCUUUAAGAAGACUUAUGGGUCCAAUAUUAAGUAUAACCAUGCCCGUAGAGGGAAAGAGGUCGUAUUUGAAGAUCCGUAUGGUGACGACGAGAAGUCGUAUAGGGAUUUAAAUUGGUAUGUGAAAUCCAUUGAGCAAACUAAUCCUGAUAGCUUUGUGAAACUUGAAGUUGAUCAAGAAACUGGAAGAUUUCAGCGGAUUUUCGUUUUUUUCGGUGCUUGCAAGCAUAACUAUAGGUAUCUCAGGCCCAUGAUUUACUUGGACGCUACUUUCCUCACUGGUAGAUUCAGGGGUACUUUGAUGGCUGCAACAUGUAUCAAAGGAAAUGAUGGUUUUUACCCAUAUGCCUUUGUUAUUGUUUCAUCUGAAAACAAAGACAAUUGGUUUUGGUUUCUGGAUAAUCUUCAACAAGUGGUCGAUGAUCGUCCGAUUGUUUUCCUUAGUGAUCGUCACGAAGGACUUUUGCAGGGCAUUCCAAGAGUAUUUCCUGGUUCAUAUCACAGCUGUUGCUUUUACCAUAUCAAGUGCAAUCUACCUAUUGGAAAAGGUGAUGCGAAUUACAAUGUCGUUAUUGAUUUGUUUUACAAAGCUGCUUACUCUUACACAGCAGCGAACUUUGAAGAAGCUUUGCUCGGCAUGCAUGCUAUUGGUUGUGGACAUGUUGCUAAUUAUCUCAGGACCAUUCCAAAGGAGAAAUGGGCAAAUGCAUUUUUCCCCGUAUGCAGAUAUGCUGCUCACUCUUCAACUAUUUCCGAGUUAUUCAAUAACUGUAUUCUUGAGUUCAAAAAGUUGCAUGCUUUUGCUCUUCUUGAUGCGAUACGUUUGAAGGUUAUGCAGAUGAAUUCAAAGAGAAGGGUAGAAGGUCUUGAAAAUUUUAACACCUAG